AUGACAAUGUCUGAUGAUGUCCUUUUGGAUCCAAAAAAUUGGUCUUCAAUUGCCAUCAACAGGUCUCUACGAAGCUUGCAACAACAACCAUACAAACCUGAUGCUCCGACUGCACCUGCCAAUACUAUCCUUCCUCUCGCAGAUGACCCCAGUAGUGUUACGGAGCCUGAAAGCGAGCCUGAUGCUCCGAUGGCAACAAUGACACCUCGUUUGGACCGUCAUUGUAUGUUUGCAACUCCAAGUCCCCCUCCUCCUGGGUCGAUUUACUGGAAGUAUUUUAUGAGGGAGGAAGAUGCAAAAUUUUAUGAUUGUGCUGGGACGGAUGAGAGCUUUCAUGCUGUGCGACAGAAAAAAAAAGAACUACAGGCACUUCUAGACAAAUAG